AAGGACGUGUCCACGUAAUCGUCCAAACAAAAAGAGAAAACGUUUUUCGACUUCUAAAUAUAUUCCAUUCUCCAUUCUCCCUAUAAUCCUAGAAACUAUUAUGUUAAAGCGCUCGACAUCAAAAUAAAAGUUAUUUGUUAAGAUUUGGUUACUGGAAACCGUUGUCUCCCGAAAUGGAAUUUCAUAGAAAAAGUACCGUUAUUUCGUUAAAAUCUCUAAGACAAUAUCAAAUUUUCUUUAGGAGGACAACUUUUCAACAAACUGAGUGUGCCAGAGUAUAUUUUGUAUCUUAAAAUUAUUGCCCGAAAACAUACUGCUAAUUAAGAUCCAAAGUGAAAGUAAAUAACUACGUUUCAAAAGUGUUCUUAAUUUAUUUGCUUAUUGACCUUAAAAUCCAUAAAAUUUUACAAAUUACAUGACCUGUUGACAUUGAUACCGUUAAACAGUUAAUUGUUUGUUCACGCAUUUAAGACUACAAAUUAAAAUUUCAUGGCAGAGGUUUUAAGUAAAAUGUUUUAUUUGAAGCGUAACAGUUUCUCAGUCAUGAUUGUAUCAAUAGCACUUAUUUUUGUUGUUUUUGUUUCUCCUGUGUUCGGUCAGGAGAACCAUCAAGCCUUAGGUCCCGCAACACCCACAAGUGCGCUCCCUAUACCGUUCAUGGACUUGUUUACUGCACCAUCAAAUUAUUUCUCGGAACAGGUUCGGAAGACAUAUUCCGAUCCUGGAUACUCAUAUCAUGUGUCGUGUCCGAAGUCUGAUUCUCUCUCCUCGUUGGCUAGUGUUCUAGGAAGUGCCGCUAAAAUAAUGAUGUCCGCUGCUGUUAUAGUGUUUCUCAAAGUGGCGGCUGGUAAAAUGUUGUUGUUGCCGCUUACAGUGAUGAUUAUGGCUAAGGCAGGAUUAAAGGCGUUCCUGUUGUGGCCCAUGAUAUCGAAAAUGAUCAAAUAUUUUAAGAAGAAAAAGAAAAAAGGUCACAAAUCGAGAAUGAUCAUGGAUUGUUCGGAGAGAAUCGCUUGUGUUAUUCGGAGGGCAUCGAGAAACGGCUGGGCAAGCCACUUGGGCGCGGCUGCUACUUUUUCCAUGAUAAACGACGUCGAGGAAGACGCUCCAUUUGCCAAGGUUCUACUAAGCGUGUUGGCCGGCGAUAAAAUUGCACAAUGUAUGUCACUAGACUGCGGUUCCGGAGUCAAUAUUAGCUGACUCU